AUGGCGGCCUACUGCCUCAGCUUGAUUGUAUUCUUGGCCAUUCUGUCAUUGGUGGCUGCAGAAGCACUCCCCCUUAACUCUAUUCCUGCCAUGUGUGCCACCAUCUGCGGACCAAUUGUCGAGCUGAGUUCGAUGUGCAGUCCAAAAAGAUCUUUAGGGAGUCUCGAAAGUGAUUUGAAUGAGGAAGCACAUCAUCCAAAGCGGGCCGAGUGCCUCGAUGGCGAGCGAAUCGAACGGAUCGAGAAGCAUUUUACAGUCAUCGUCGCAGCGCCUACGUCGUUCCCCUCUGGAUUAUUAGGGCUGUUACAUAGUCUAUUUCCACCAGAACCGCCCGCAUCGCCGUUAGCACCAGCUUCAUGGCCACAGUCAUCAUCGCCAUCGUCAUCGUCACCGAUUCGUUCCUCGAAAACUCCAGUAUCCAUGCCACUACCAAACAGCCAUCUUACUAUGCGGCCGUCGGUCCAACCUCUUCCAACCCCAUCAAGUAAUGCUAUCUCAACGGACACUACAGCACCACGUCCAGCUCCUACGCCAAGUACAACAUCAAAUGCUCGGCCAACCAUGUCUUCCGCUUCGGUCAAGAAAGGGAUGAAAACUCCAGAUCUGGCUACCAUUUCAACAACCACUGCCGGCCAACACAAGUCAAUGAUGCCGACUAUUCUGGGCUCAGAUGGGGAUGUGGGAGGUGAAACCGGCGGAUGGGGAAUAAUGGAAAAUGCAGAAGAGCAGUGUGUGUGUUCAAAUGAGAGUUUUAAUGUGGCAGAGAUUGCUGGGCUAUGCGCUAGCUGUAUAAGCAUGGUUGCUGAUGCGCAAAAUGAUGUACAGGUUAUCAUGUCGGUCUGUGGCUUCCCGCCGCAACAAUACAGCCCAGCUAAGGACAGCUUGGCGAGCAGCAUCCAUGUCCAGGCCGCUAGGCCGACGUCAGCAAAUGCAAAUGCUGGAGGUGCCAAGUUAAAUGCAGCGUCUCGAUCCAUUUGGGGCGUUGGACUGGCUACUGGCGCUGCGGGCUUCGUAAUUGGUGUGUUAACGAUGCUAUGA